AUGUCGGGCACUUCUGGUGACUGCGGGAGCGGCAGUGGCAGCGACAGCGGCGCCAGCAGCAGCAGCUCCAGCAGUAGCAAUAGCAGCAACAGUAGCGUGACCGGACCUCAGGUGUAUGAUAAGGGCAAGGCGAAAGCUCCUGAGAUUCGAAGAAAUGAUUCCAACGAGGAUGGUCUUGACACUAAUGGCCAUAGCGAAAAUAAUAGACCUGGUCUUGGCUCGGAUGGCGUUGAUAGUAACAUAGAUUUCGGGUUUGACUUACGACCGGAUGUCAUUUCCAGCAACAGAUCACUCAGCGCGGCAGCUGGAAGUAGCAGUAGUGGCUCGGGAAGUAGCAGUUUUCACAGACGAGCUCCUUCUAUUAAUACUCAGAGACAGGCUUUCACUCAGAUCAAUCAGUUGCAGUAUAAUCAGAACCGGCUGGUUCUGGCAGGUGCUAUUCAACAGGCCACUGACUUGCUCAAUGACCUCCAGCAAAUGAACAGAGUAUGGCCUAUUUAUUAUCCUCGAGAGGCUGUUGAAGGUCCCAGUAGUGAAAGUGCUAGUACAAAUACGAAUGAUAGUGCAAGUUCGACUGCAAAUAUGACUGUACUGAAUGGUGGUGCAAACUCGAGUACAAAUGGUACCGUAAAUGGCAGCAGCGACAACAGCACCAGUUCACAGAAAGAUAGUAAGCAUCAAGAAAUUUCUGAAAAUGGAACUGGUAGAAGCCAGAAUGGAAAUAGUAUCAACAGUUCUGAUAAUCAAGGGCCUCGUCUGGUGGUUCCGUCUGCGUCAAGACAGCUUCAAGUAUUCAAGCUGGAUCUGAAACUAGGAUCUGGGUCUGGAUCUCAAGAAUUGCUUAAUUCGCUGGAAAAGAACUCGGUUGCUUCGCUACUAGAUGCCAAAAUUGUUCAGACUCUGAAACAUCUGGCGUCGUUGAGAGAGCGUAUUAAUGAUACUGCAUCUAAAGUGCUUGUCACUGGAGACUUGAAUUCGGGUAAAUCUACGUUUUGUAACGCUUUGCUGCGAAGACGAAUUCUUCCUGAAGAUCAGCAGCCCUGUACAAACGUAUUUUGUGAAGUGCGAGACUGUCGUGAGAAUGAUGGACUUGAACAGGUGCAUGCAGUACUGAUUGAUCGUGAGUACGAUCGCAAUGACGAAGCUACUUAUGAGAUACAUGGUCUGGAUAGUCUAGACGACUUAGUUUAUGAGUUCCAGAAAUACUCGAUUCUCAAGGUGUAUGUUGACGAGAAGCGACCACCUCAUGAGUCACUGCUUCGUAAUGGAGUGGUGGAUAUCUCACUUAUAGACGCACCAGGGCUGAAUAUGAGCUCUUUCCAGACCACUAGAGUGUUUUCCCGCCAAGAGGAAAUCGAUCUAGUGGUGUUUGUAGUGAGCGCCGAAAAUCAUUUCACUCUAUCAGCCAACGAAUUUAUUUCUAGUGUGGCUAACGAAAAAUCAUUUAUAUUUAUUGUUGUCAAUCAGUUUGACAAGAUCAAGGACAGAUCACGAUGCAUGAACAGGAUUUUGGGCCAAGUCGAAAAGUUGUCCCCCCAGACUCAUAAAGAUGCCCGGGACUUUGUGCAUUUUGUCAGUUCUAGGGAUGUUGGUACCAGUAGUGGUGGUGGAGGUGGUGACGAUGGGCCUGAUGGAGAUGAUGGAGAUGGUGGUAAUGGAAGAGAUGACGAUCUCAGUCCUGAUUUUGAUCGUUUGGAAGAGUCGUUACGAAACUUUGUGCUGGAAAAACGGUCAUUGUCGAAACUGGCACCUGCAAAGACAUAUCUUAACAAUAUCUUGCAGGACAUUGAAAUCCUGUCAGAGGUGAAUAUCAAGUUUACAAAGUCAGAGCGUGAUUUAAGACUUCAUGAACUGGACGAUAUGACACCCAAAUUCGAGCACGCUCUCAGUGAUAGUGUCAAGGUCACCGAGAAGAUUGACAAGGAUAUCGAGCACUGUGCCGAGAAACUGUAUGAGCACACCAAGAAAGAACUCAACAGAGUGCUCAUGCAAACCGGCCAGUUGCCAUCUGUCAGUUAUACAUCUAUUUUCGACGCAUACAAUUAUGCCAAUAGCAUUCGAGCAGCGAUUAUCCAGCGAAUUCAAGACGCUGUAUACGACUGCGAAGUCCAUGCCAGAAAAGAAACUGCUAUAGUAGUCAACUCGAUCAAGUCAUUGGGAAUUCUUCAUUUAGGAGAGCAACCAGCGUUCUUAAAGAUAUUCAAAGAAGAUGCCAUGUUUACUAAAGGACGACACAACCUCGCACGAUCCAUCCAAGCCGAGCUUUCAGUGUCUGAUUUCAUCACCGCUGCUGCUCCUACAUGGGUUAGUGUAAUUACCAACCCUUUUAAUUCACUACUAACUCUUGGCGAGAAGAGCAAGGAACUGACAUUGUCAGAGAUAUCUGAACCCAUCAGCCAAGUAGGAACUGUCAACAACGCUCUUACCGUAGCAUCGGUUAUUGGCGGUGGUCAGAUGAUCUUACAAUCGAAAUGGCUCAACCACGCUCUGAACGCAGUCAGAUGGGUCGACUUCCAACUUCUAAAACGAUUACUAGUUCCUGCCCUGGUAGUUGGUUCUGUCUGCGGAGUGGCAUACGUGAUCUCCGAAGUUCCCAACUCAGUUCCACGAAACGUAUCACGCAAAAUCGCCCGUGAAGUGGUCAGCCUGGGCUAUGUCGAAGCCAACGCCAAACGAAUCGCUAAAGAAAGCCGCAAAGUGUUAAAAUACCCGUCUCAAGACGUUCGCACCGGGUUCCAACGACUCAUCGAAAACACUGCCCAUCAACGCGAGGCGUGUGAAAAGUCUGCCAAAGAAGCACAAGCGGGCUACGAGUACUUCGUCAAACUCCACACCGACGCGGCGCACCAACGGGCUCUCAUCGACCAGUGCAACCUCGAGACGCAUCUCGAAGUCGACUAG